GCCUCGGGGAGCUGUCAUAAAAGGAGGCAGAAAAUCCAUCUUCUGGACUCCUCUGCACCAGAGAUGAGCCUGGAGGGAGCAGAAGAGAAGAGAGCCUGAGUUUCACCUGGUGAAAAAGGACAAGCUGAGACGUCGAGCCGGAUACAGCGCUUGGAUCCUGAGAUGCCCGUGGAGGAUCUUCGGGGUCCCAGCACCCCUUUCUCGCUCUCCUUUUCGGGCAGUGGUUUCCUGGCCCUCUACCAGGUCGGGGUGGUGCAGUCCCUCCUGGAACUGGCUCCUGAGCUCCUCAAAUCUGCCUGCAAGGUCUAUGGAUCAUCAGCUGGCUCCCUGAUCGCCGCCGCCGUCGUGUGCGGGAUCGGCCUUGAUGACCUAAAGGAAUUUUUCUUUGCCAUGGCAGCAGAAGUCAGGAAAACCAUCCUGGGCCCCCUCUCUCCCAGGUGCAGCUUGCUGGCCAAUAUCAAGUCUGUUCUGCAGCGGAUGCUCCCAGAGAAUUCCUACCAGCUGGCUUCAGGGAGGCUGCACAUCUCACUCACCAGGGUGGCAGAUGGCCAGAAUGUCAUGGCCUCGGAGUUCAGCUCCAAAGAGGAGCUCAUUCAGGCUCUCCUCUGCAGCUGCUUCCUUCCUAUUUACUGUGGAUUCAUCCCUCCAUCCUACCGAGGAGUGCGCUACGUGGACGGGGGAUUCACCGGCCUGCAGCCCGUCUCCAGCCUGGAGGAGCCCGUCAUCACCGUGUCCCCCUUCACCGGAGAGCUCGACAUCUGCCCCCGGGACUGCCCUGCCAUCUUCUUCUGCUUCCAGAUCUUCAACGGCAGCGUCCAGAUCUCCAUAGAGAACCUCUGCAGGAUCAGCUACGCUCUCUUCCCGCCCAGCACCAUGGUCUUGAACGACAUUUUCUCCCAGGGGUACCAGGACACUGCCCUUUUCCUGUACAGGAACAAUGCCUUUGGAUUUAAUUACUUCGAUGGGAAUUUCCGCUUUGGCAGCACCUGUGGGAAGAACAACUCCACCCAAUCCGAGGGGACACACCCCGGGCUGUACAGGAGGGUCCCUCAGAGCCUGACCCCUUGCUUCCUGCCAGGCUUGUGGAAGAAGGAGCAGGUGAAUGGACUGCAGGACCCCCUGGCCAGGAUCCUGCUGCAGCCUUACAGGCUCCCAGCUUUAUUCAGGAAAGGGGUGAAGAAGGUGUGGGGGCUGCUGGAAGGUGUCACCUCCCUGGCACAAGGACUCCAUAAACUCCUCCAAACCUUGGUGCCUGCUUUGCCCAAGAGAGCCGUGGACAGGAGGUAACUGGCCUGGAAGGGCCCUGGGGGUCUCCAAGUUCUGCUGCCUCGGGAAGGGAUGGGUGAAACCAGAGCUCAUCUCACACGCCAGCACAGCUGCUGCUUUGCUAUGGAAUAUUUUGGGGUUUUUGUUUGUUUUUUUUUUCACUUGGGAGCUGAUUCUGCCUCCUGUGCUGCUGCUGCCCCUGCUCAGGCCUGACCUGCUUUAACGUGACAGCCGAGGCAAAGCUCUGGUGCUGCUCCUGUGACCCACCCCAGGCUGCAGGAGCCACUGGGCAGCUUCACCUGCAGGCACCUACAGCCCAGAGCCUGCUUCCCUCCCCUGUCUCCCUCCUCAUCACCAGCAGCAUCCCUUCCCUUCCUUUAAUGCAGAUUAUGGGGCAGGAAUUUGCCACGAAAUGCCACAUUUUAAGUAUUUUCUUCCCACUCAAAAACUUUCAGAGCAGUUUCAUCAGAGCAAAGGAGAAGCCUUAGGGAGCAUCACACUUGGUAGGAACCAAUUUUCAUCCAGUUCUCUGAAGCUGUUUUACCAAUUAUCUAUUCUUGAACUUCACACACCCCCAUAGCUCUGCUUCUCCUGCCUGUGGAGGUGGGAGAACAUUUGGAUCCCCCUCGAAUUCGCAGCUGUGGAGAAGGAUGGAGAAACCUGAAGAUGAACCUCCUCCUACUCCAGAGUCCAGCACUCUGUGCAUUCCCCGGCAUUUCACAAAUAAAUGAGUUAUUUUCAGGGAAUUAUCUGUAAUUUGCAGCCACCCACAGCGCAGGGCCCAGGCAAACACACCCCGUGCUGCUGGUCUGUGCACAGAAUUAAUUGGCAGCUCUCUUAAUUAUCCCAAAUCCACGCUGCACGUCAGGGACUGAUGGAUUGGCUUCACCCCGACUGAGUGUCCCCCGUUUGCUGGUUCCUGAUGGACAACAAACAGAUCCCAACAGCACAAGAUGUCAAUAAAGAGCUUGUUUAGUUGCACAAAGGGAAAUGGAACAGAGGGAAGUUUCAUCCAAAGGGCCCUGGAGACUUCAGGCAUGAAUGUGGGGAGUGGCUGCUUUGAUGUAAACAGAUCCAAAGUUAACUCUGAAAGCUCUGUGAAAGGUUAACACACCAGGUUCUGCUGUCUUUGGUUGAAAUCAGAGACCUGGGAAUAUUUUUCUCUGAAAUGAGCUUGCAAAAACAAAAGCUGGAUGCUUAUUUCAUAGAACCAUGGAAUGGUUUGGGUGGGAAAGGUUCCUGGGCUCCCUAGGAUCACCACCACCUCCAGGUAGGAUAUUCCCUUUUCAGUCAGCCUCCAGCAAUUACACUUCAAACAGGAAUUAAAAUCCCCCUGAGAAAAUUCUCAUCUAGGAAUUGGACACCCAAACCCACUAAAUGUGUCUGCAAAUCUCAACCACAAACAGGAGCACAGUUUGAACUGCCCAGUGUGUCCCACCCACCCCUAUGAUACUUAAUCAUAAAAAGCCAGGAAAACUUUAAGAGCUUCAAUUAAAAAAAAAACAACCUACAAGAAACACCCAAACCAAAACAGUCCCUGCAAAGAGCCCUCCUGCUCCAAACCUGCAGGGGUUUGCUAAGAGAGAAAUAUUUAUACAACUCAACAUUCAAAUCAGCUGUUUUUUUGCUUUAUUAAUCCCUCACCUUUUCAAGGAAGCACAGCUGGUGCUGCCUCCUCUGCAUGAGCUUGGAGCUAAGGGCACCAGGAGGCUUUGCCAGGGGUGAUGGAUAAAGGUUGGCAUCAGCUGGAAUCACCUUGUGCAGGACCUUGUUUCACCCCAAGGAAGCAGACUGGGAAUCCCACUGCACCCAGUUGGGAUGGAUCCACUCUGAAAUGCCUCCUUCAAAGGUGGGUCACAGGAAGCACCAGGGUCUGAGGCAGGGAUGGAAGGGGCUGUGGCCCUGCCUGUGCUGGUGAUGUCACUUUCAUUGUCACUGUCACAUCCUUAUGCUCCUCAGUGCAGGUCAGGCUCUGCCUUCAGGCUGGGCUGCAAGUUGCUUAUUCUCUCUUUAAAACACAAACUGGGGCUGAAGGCAGCAGCGGGGCCAAAAAUGCUCUUCUGUGGCUGGCCUGGCCCUAAAGGGAGGAAAAGCACAUUAUUCUGUCUGACAGACACUUCUGGCAGUUCCUGUGAGACAAACUGGAUUCGAGUACCUGAGCUGAGCUGUUCCCUCCCUGUUCUAAGUGGGCCUAGAGCUGGUUUGUUUUCAAGGGAAAGGUCUUCCUUGCUUUUAUUUGAUGUUUUUUCAAGCUUUUAUUUUUAUAGCUGGAAGGGUGACAGUCCUAUUCUUUCCACUUUAUAUUCCUUGUUUGGUGUGGUGCUCCUAGAACAAUAUUUGGGUCUUUUUUUUUGUUUGUUUUUACUUUUUAUUUACGUGGCAACAUUUUAAAUAAUCAGCAUGUUAAAAUAGCUGUGUCAUUUUACCUAAGCUGACAAAUUCUGUAACGCUGAAAGCCUCUAAAAGAAAAAGGAAAUAUAUAAUAAAAUCGUAAAAAACUU